GGGAGGGCGCGUGCGGUCGCCUGGGAGCCCACGGGGGGUUUAGGUCGCUGGAGGCUGCAAUUUCUGGCGCCUCUUGGAGAGCCGGUCUCAAGAGGAGGCAUCCGAGGCAGGGGUCCGCCCGAGGGGGGUGGCUACAGGGUGGGGGGGAACCCGGCAGGCAAGCAGGUAGGCAGACAGAUCCUGGGGCUGAAUGAAGGGCCAGUGGGCCGUGGAAGCCUGGAGGGGUGGGUAAGGCGCGGACCAGACAGGCUCCUGGUGCAGACGGAUGGACAGAGCCCAAGACCGGCAGAGGAGGGGGCCUGCGGGGCUGCUUCAGAGAUGGCAGGGCCCAGGGGCAGACGGUGUCCCGGGAUGAGGGGCAGGGGCUGGGAGGAUGGCAUCCGCACUGUCCAAAGGUAUGUGGGCAUGGCCGGCGGUGGCGACCAGGACCCAUCUGGGGAGUGGGCUGGGGACCCGGUCCUGGUGCAGCACAGCUGGGGGUCGGGGGCCCCCCCACUGGCCCAGACUGCCCGCCCCCUCCUCUGCCCUCACACCUGGGAAGGGAAGCCAGGGAGGGCCCCACCCCCUGGGGAGGUCACCAUCUGGCCCUCAGCCAGCUGCCGGCAGGUGGGGAGCAGGAGUCCCCCUGGGGCUCACGCUCUCUGGAUCCUCCCGCCCCGCAGCCCAGGGUGCUUGCUGCAUGAGGGCCCGCAGAGGCGACCGCAUGACCAUCAACAUCCAGGAGCACAUGGCCAUCAACGUGUGCCCCGGGCCCAUCCGGCCCAUCAGGCAGAUCUCAGACUACUUCCCCCGCCUGGGACCAGGACCCGAAGGCGGGGGCAGGGAUUUCAGGGAGGCCCCUGCCCGCCUUGCGCCUCUGGCUCUGGCCCCGCCUGCAGCCCUUCUUGGGGCCACCACGCCCGAGGACGGAGCCGAGGUGGACAGCUACGACUCGGAUGAUACCACCGCGCUGGGCACGCUGGAGUUUGACCUUCUCUACGACCAGGCCUCCUGCACCCUCCAUUGUAGCAUCCUUAGAGCCAAGGGCCUCAAGCCCAUGGAUUUCAAUGGUCUGGCCGAUCCCUAUGUCAAGCUGCACCUGCUGCCUGGGGCCUGCAAGGCCAAUAAGCUCAAAACAAAGACUCAGAGGAACACGCUGAACCCCGUGUGGAACGAAGAUCUGACGUACAGCGGGAUCACGGACCAGGACAUCACCCACAAGGUGCUCAGGAUCUCCGUCUGUGACGAGGACAAGCUGAGCCACAAUGAGUUCAUCGGGGAGAUCCGAGUGCCCCUCCGCCGCCUCAAACCUUCGCAGAAGAAACAUUUUAACAUCUGCCUGGAGCGCCAGGUCCCGCUGGCUUCCCCAUCCUCCAUGUCAGCGGCUCUGAGGGGCAUCUCCUGCUACCUGAAGGAGCUGGAGCAGGCCGAGCAGGGGCCCGGGCUGCUGGAAGAGCGCGGCCGCAUCCUGCUGAGUCUCAGCUACAGCUCUCGGCGCCGGGGCCUGCUGGUGGGCAUCGUGCGCUGCGCCCACCUGGCCGCCAUGGACGUCAACGGCUACUCGGACCCCUACGUCAAGACGUACCUGAGGCCUGACGUGGAUAAGAAAUCCAAGCACAAAACGUGUGUGAAGAAGAAGACUCUCAAUCCAGAAUUUAAUGAGGACUUCUUCUACGAGAUGGAGCUCUCCACUCUGGCCACCAAGACCCUGGAAGUCACAGUCUGGGACUAUGACAUCGGAAAGUCCAAUGACUUCAUCGGCGGCGUGUCCCUGGGGCCCGGGGCCCGGGGCGAGGCCCGGAAGCACUGGAGUGACUGUCUGCAGCAGCCCGACGCAGCCCUGGAGCGCUGGCACACCCUGACCAGCGAGCUGCCCCCUGCCGCCGGGGCCCUGCCCUCCGCCUCGGCCUGAGCGCACGGCCCCUGCCCGGCACGGGCCCUGUGGGGCCGGAACCCCACCUUCGCACGAGUGUGUUGCACGUUUACACGGGGUGGACGCCCCGCCCCCCACUACCUGUCUUAUUUUCGUGAGCGUCUGCGUGACCGUGGGUCUGUCUGUCUCGUGAGGGACCGUGGCGAUCUGUGUUCACAUAUGCAAACUUCCUCCUGCCUGACUCGCUCCCACGCAAAUAUGCAAACACCCUUCCCGUGUGCGCCCCAAGGGGGCUGUCGCGCCUCCCUCCUGCCUCUCCAGGCUGCCCCGACCCCCUCGGCCCACAGGGAGGAGGUCGGAUUCGGGGGGGUUCGGAGGAGGAGACAGUCUCCAAAAAAGAGAAGGGCAAAAACCCCACAAAAAACAAAAACACAAAAAAAGAGCCACUCCUUUAAUACAGAAUCCUCGUUAAAAACCAACCAACCUAGCCCUGUACAGCUGCCCUUUUAAAUGGGGAGACGACCGCGGGCUCUCUGUCCGUCCCAGAGCGGGCAGAUGCUCGUGGCCACUCAUCUGAAGAAGUGUCCCCUGGCUGGGGCCGGGACGGGAGGGCGGGGCCUCUGCCUUGCCCCACAGGGACCCACCUCUCUGUGGGGGGGACAUUCGUGCAUGUUUACGCCUCUUCUGAUUGUGUCAGCGGCCGCCGCAUGGCAACUGGACGUCAAUAAACGUCUCUGCGGAA